GGUCCUCCCAAUUCCGGCGACCGCCAGAACGACGGGCGGGUCAGCAGCUGAGACGUCCAAGGAGCUGCCGCCCCGCCGGAGCUCGGUUUGGGACACCGAGAGCAACGCGCUGGGCGCGGGUGCUCGGGCGGUCGCGGGACGAGGCCUGCGCUUUGAUCCGAUGGAAUCCAUGUUGGAGGCCUACCAGCGGGCAGUGACGCUGAUGGAGUUGGAGCUGAUCAGAGACGCGGCACGGUCUCUGAAGGAGGCAGAGGACGUGAACUUCUACCAGUUCAACCAGGAGCACGUGCUAUCCAAGACAGCUCCUCCGGACGGCAUCGUGCUCCGCGGCGUGCGCGCGCCGCCGCAGGUGGCGCAGUCGCUGCUGAGGGACCGCCGGGGCCGCAGGUUUCGGAGCUCGGUCCACGUCACGCGCGAGAUCGUGCAGAUGGACGCUCAGCGUCUUCGCUCCGGAGCUGUGGGGACGACGCAGGGAGCGGAAGUCAUGGCAGAUGGUCGCCUGGCCGUGUCUGUGGAUGUCACCCAUGGUUCCUUCGUGGCGGGCGACGGCUUGUUCAUUGACAGCAUCGCCGUGGGUGGCCCCGAGGAGAUUGACCUCACGGGCUCCAUCAGUUACAAGGAGUUUCUGUCCCCAAAGCCUUGCAUCGCCCAGUGGUACUGUUGUCAUUGGUGGGGUGAGUCCUUGGACUCCUUCGUCUCCAGCUGUCAGACACACGCACAGCUGCGGCGGCGCGGGUCCCCGGGGUCAGCGGGCGGCUACUGGGUGGCGGCCUUUGCAAUGCGCCAGCAUGAGCUACGUGAAGAGCUCGGACCCGAUUUGAAGGAGUCUCCUUUCUAUGAUGCUCUUCGCUUGGCUGAUGGGAUAUUGCUGACUGUGGAUAGUGAGGAAGUCUUCCGUCGCACGUGGUGCCACUAUGAACUCUAUGCUGGCUCAGAUCUUAAGCAUUUGGAUGUGGUCUGCAACGGAGCAAUGUUGAGCAGGACUGGAUUGCCUGGGGAGAGCAUGGUGGCCAAACAAGCCGACAGGAGGAUGUUCGCCGCGAUCUUUGAUCAAGAAGGCACUUUGAAAGUGGACGAAACCGUCUGUUCCACCUUUGCCUUGUUGGCGUGGCCACAAGCCGUGAAGAGAGGGCUGGUGAGUACACAACUGAUCGAGACCGUGGCGUCCGACGUCAAUAGAGAGGCGCUGGAGCUGAGUUUGGCACACCUUCAGGAAUUCCAAGAUCCUGGGAUGUUGCAAUUGGCACAAUCUCUACCGCCCAACUUGACGAAGCUGAAAUUGGGCUUGGAGGGCUGUCAUGAACUCACAGAUCAGGGCGUGAAGGCCUUGGCGAAUCGCUGGGGCACGAAGCUGAAGCACCUCUACUUGGACUUCGUGGGCUGCGGAAAGCUGACCGACGCCAGUCUCUCCGUGCUGGCCCAGAAUUUGCCACCCACACUGACAGACCUGGAGUUGCACAUGGCUGGAUGUGUGCUUGUGGGGCCUCCGGGAAUGGAGCUGGGGUUCGCCAUGCACCGCCUGGUGCAUCGCUCAAACCUUCGGGUCCGGACCCGGACUGCCCGGACAGGGAGACUUCCGAUUGGCCCGGUGACGAGUCUAGAGUCUGGAGUAGCACCUGAAGAAGCAUUGGCCCAAGAGUGUGAAGGUCUUCCGAGCAAGUUUCAAAGCAACGAAGUUGAAUCGCAACUUUAUGACCCUCCAGGAUCUUGAAGAUUACUGGAGAGAGUCUUAGAGGCUUGCGGCUUGUUCAUGAGUUUGGACUCGUUCUUCUUGAGCUUGUG